UUGCUAGAAUGGUAUAUGAUCAUAUCGAGGGAGAUUUUCAACCCGGAUUAUGCACUUUCCACUACAUCAGAGGGCGAAAAAGUGAUGUUCACUAUAAAUACCUCAUUGCACUACAACCCGGACGAUCUUCUCUACUUCAAAUUCAUCGGGAGGGUGAUUGCAAAAGAAAUCUAUGACAACAAACUUCUCGAGUGCUCCUCUACUCGUUCCUUCUACAAGCAUACUCUGGAUAUUCUGGUCAAGUACACAGAUAUGGAAAGUGAGGAUUACACUUUCUACAAAAGUCUCGCCUACUUGAAGAAAAACCAUAUCUCUAGCAUUGGAUAUGAUUUGACAUUCAGUGCAGAGGUGCGAGGAGUUGGAGUGACUGAGGUGAGGGAACUGGAACCAGAUGGACAAAAAACAUACCCAUCACUGAAGAGAACAAGCUCGAGUACAUACAUCUGGUUUGUCAGAUAAAAAUGACUGGAGCCAUCCGCAAGCAACUGGAUGCUUUCCUUGAAGGAUUCUAUGACAUCAUUCCCAACCGAUUGAUGGGUAUUUUCAACAAACAGGAACUUGAAUUGCUCAUUUUCGACCUACCCAAUCUUCAUCAAUGAUCUCAAAGCAAACACUGAGUUUUACAAUUACCAACACAGCUCCCUCCAGAUUCAAUGGUACUGGAGAGCCCUACAUGAAUUCAACCUAGCUGA